AUGGUCAUUCCUUUGUAUUACAUUCGAUUCUUCAAGCCACCGCCUGAUGUCGUGGAAUGCAAUCAGCCUUUUUCAGUAGUGUGGACAAUAGAAACCGAUCUUGGAGAUGAAAGCUACUGGCAAUCGAUUCCUGUAACAUGCAACAUUGCUAGUUGCCAAGAUCCUUCUGUACGAUUGCGUGUAUUUUCUGACAAGACCAAGACCAAAAAAGAAGUACUUCAGCCAUGGACGAAAGAGAUUAAACUUGACUACAAUCCUAUGCGAGGUGGUGUGGUCUGCACUCGUUUGAUGAUCGAAUCAACCUCUGCCAACUCUUCACUCCAGAUCGUUUUUAAGCUUGGUGGAAAAACUAGACGCCACCCAGUGUGGACCUACUGUGGUUUGUUCGAAAAUAAUGACUGCUUGUGGAUACUACCAGCUUGGACUUGUCCUAUAAAACUGAUGAACCCUACUAAGAAAUCUCAGCGUGUACAAAUAAGUCUUCCUGAACCUGUCAGUAGUCAACAAGCAGAGCGUAUCCUGACUGUACCUGGAGGUACUGUAAGAAUUUGUGAAGAUGCAUUUCAGAGUAUUGCGCGUCACGUAUGGGAUUGUGGAUUGGGUAUGUGCAGUUAUAUUUUUCAACAGACACAAAAGGGUAUUCUGGAUUUCAAUAACAAGAAUCUGAUUGAACUAGGCAGUGGAACUGCUUUGGUUGGAAUAUAUGCCGCUCAAUGUUCAACACCUUCUUGUGUCUAUCUCACUGAUUUACCAGAGGCAAUAGAAAUAAUGGAACAAAAUGUAGCCUUGAUGCCACCGCAAAACAAUGUAGAAAUGGUUGUAAAAUCACUGGAAUGGGGUCCUAUACCAGAAAAAACUUCCUGGUUAGAGAUGCCUGUAGAUAUUGUGCUAUUGACAGAUGUACUAUAUAAUCAAGGAUCACACGAUGUCCUACUAGACACCCUAGACUGGCUGGUACAGAAACAAACCAAGAUUUUGCUGGCUUACAAGGAGCGUAAUCCAGACGAGCGUGUCUUUUUUGAAAAACUCAAGCAGCGAGAUUACCAGAUAAUUCAAGUUGAAGAAGAGGAUUUGGUGUGUGAAAUCUAUUGGAUCCAAAAGAAUUCAUAUAAUGAUCUUUGAAAUAUAUAUAUAUAUACUUAUACUUGUAUAUAACUUCGCAUCU